UCCAAAACGCCGCCGAUAUAAAAGUCAGCCGCGCAUGCGCAGCACACACGUCCAUUCAGCGUGCGUACGCACAGCAAAGCAACGUGGGCCAAGCAAAAGUCUAUUCAUAAGUACAAAAUUACGACCCUGAGAAAACAAGUGCGCUCGCGUGCACGCUUCGACCAAAACGCACAGACGAAAAAAAGCGCCAAAAGCAGUGCAAGAAAAUGAAUGAGAAUAACCGCAGCAGCUAGUCAGCUAGUGUGAUGAGACACAAAGCGCUCGCCCAAUUGACAGGAAGUCGUUAUGAUAACCCAUGCUCACAUUUCCCUGCCGUCUGAAUACUCGUACGUCACGACACGACACGCCAAUGGCAACAGUACAACAGCAAAAACAACGACUGCAAUGUUGUACACAAACCUUUUCACUUUCUUGGCUACCGCUGGCCAAGCAUGCGAUUCAAACAACGCUAACGACCCGACCCGCUCGAUGUCGAUGCAAACCGUGGGAACGCUUUCCCACAUUACGAUUGAUUUCAUUAUGCACAGACGGACAUAAACAGUUGAGCAACAACAACAACAACAGCUGCAGCAAGCGUUGUACACUUUAAAGGAAUUCCCUGACGCGUUACGCUUUCGUCGCCUUUUUUUCUUAUUAUUAUUUUUUCCUGCUGUUGUUUGCUUGGUUGAUAUCAUUUCAAUUAUUUUCCCUUCUUUAACGUUCCGUUGGUCCUUGCGUGCAACAGGAUACAACGAUUAAGGAUUAUUACAUACAGCCAGCGCGAAGAAUUGAAAUCGGAAUCGAAGAAACAGUAACUGCAGUAGCAGCAGCACAGCUGCAACGAUUCAACUCAUUACAGUACUUCACAGCUCAGCGCUCAGUUCGGUGCAUGUCAGCCGCCUUGCACAGCCGUUCACCUCAUAACGGACGACCAGAUUGCAAAAUUCCCAUGCUUUGCUCAGUAUACGACCCCGAGGAGCCGGCUGACUGCUCGCCAACAAGCCAACAUACAUACCAGCUCAACGUCACGCAUUCCGUAAGGGUGUCCAUGUAUGUAUGUGCGCCCUUAUCCUUACUCACCUCUGGCCCGGCUGGCUGGUUGGCAAGCUGGCUGACGGACUGGCAUAUUGUCCGGCUGUCUUCUGGCUGCAUGCGCAGGUGAGCUCUACGAUGUGUGAGAAACCUACAAGGAACGUAGUUCCCACGGUUUGGAGCGAUCCCAAUGAUCCUUCAUCUUCACGUGUAUUGAAGUUUGAUUUCCUCCCCUAAAGUACACACACACACACACACACACGCGCGUACGGCGAGUAAACAAGGGGUGACUUGCCAGUAAGACAAACCGAGGAUUCAUGCAAAGGAAUGGGCUGCCAAGAAGGGCGACUGGGCAAAGGGCAGCGCGAAGUGUAAGCAACCAAAAAGAAGCGAGCGCCCAUGUAUGUGUUUGUGUGUGCUGGCCUGCCAGCCAUGAAACGAAGAAGGGUAAGAGGAAAUUGAGGGUUGAUUUCUACUUUAUCGAGCUGAGCGAAUACAAUCAAGGGAAGGCAGGAAAAGGACACAAAAGGACGUGCGGCUCUCUGAUAUGACUAUUGUAUGCGAUAGAGCAUCGAAUUCUCAAGCGCCUGCUUGCGUGUCUUUACAAAAGUCUUGUGAAGGUUGCUCUCUCGGCUCGGAGUCACUGCAACAUUCCUUAGCAGAGGAGAUAGGUAUAAAAGAGCACAGCCUGUCGAAGGAGUCAUGCAUUCCACCGCAAGCACUCAGCAGUAAAAGUCACGCUGAAUUUUAGUACUUCACACACACACACACACACGCACACUAAGCCACCACAAUGUCCAUACAAGUAUCGGAAAUGUCCAAGACCUACCAAUAUCGCAAAGUGAUGAAGCCAAUGUUGGAGCGUAAACGGCGCGCACGCAUCAACAAGUGCCUGGACGAGUUGAAAGAUUUAAUGGUCGUCACAUUGGAGUCGGAGGGUGAACAUGUCACGAGAUUGGAGAAAGCCGAUAUUCUCGAGCUGACCGUUGCCCAUUUGCAAAAGUUGAAGCAACAACGCAAAGCGGCCGCCUCAAAGGGUGGCGCUAUGUCAAAAGCUGAGGGUUUCCGUUCCGGUUACAUUCAUGCAGUCAACGAGGUGUCCCGUUCGCUCUCGCAAUUGCCCGGCGUUAAUGUUAAUCUUGGCACACAGCUGAUGACACAUCUCGGCCAGCGCUUAAAUCAAUUGCAGCCUGCCGUACAUGCACCCACACCCAUUACCGCACCGCUUUCGGUACACAUUGCUCAAACAGCGGGAGGACGCGGCGCGCAUUAUUCGGUACCCAUUUCACCCAUCUCCAGCUACAAUGGUAGUCCGAAUUCGAGCGUCAGCAGCGAAAAACAUGGACAAAGUCAAAAUCUACUCACCACCUACAGCGGUCACUCGCCCAUUGAUGCCACUACGGGCAGUCAUGCAGCUCGGGCCGAGGAGGAAGAUGUCUGGCGACCAUGGUAGUGUGGUGCGCAGGCGUCAAGUCGUUAAAUCGGCAAACGUCCCAGUACAAAACUUAAAUGUUAAUUGCUCAGUGAUAAAGUCUUCCAGACGUGCAGGCAACGCCUGCCGUCAACCAAUCCAUGCAACUUAAAACGAGUGACACGCCAACACGCGCCAUGUCGCCCACCAAACAUAAAGCUUUAAAGUAGAGGAGAGGCAUUUGCAAGUAGCCACGCUUCCAGCGCCAGCUGCCGGCAGUUGUAUCGUCGAUGUGAUUUCGCACAAUUGUUAAAUAUUGUCAUUAAGUUUAUUAAAUUGUAUUAGUUGAAUUAGAGAGAAUUUUUAAAAAAUUUUGCAUAAGUAUACUUUUAAAAGAAACAUGAAAUA